UUAAUAAUUACUCAUAUUAAAGAAGAAUUUCAGUCAAAGUCUACGGAUGAAACUGGACAGAGUGAUUCUCAAAUUAACUUUAGUGAUGGGACUUCCCAGAAUGAAGAAAAUAAACACAUUCAGCUCUCUAUUUCUGACUUUCUUGAAAACCUUGAUGGCACAUCAAGCACUCCGGAAUUGUCUAUUUCUAUAUCUAAUGUUCAGAGUGUUGCGGACUUUGAUUCUCUUAAGAAUUGUUCUACUGCUUCACUACAAGAAAAGAAUGACGAGUUUACUUGUGAUUCCGACCUAAUUCAAAACUUAAUAGAUAAUUUUGCAACAGAUCAUUCAAAUACAUUAAAAAUUACCAAAAUAUCCGAAGGUGAUGGACUGUUUGGACCAAAUAACAAUACCGUUAUAUGUAAUAUUGAAGAGGAAAUCAAGAAGGAGAUACUUAGUGAUGAGGAACAGACUUUUGACAAUGGAUUUGAUUCCGGAGAAGAUUCAAUAGUUGAAAUUGAUUCAAGAGGAGGAGAGCAAACUGAGAUAAUUCCAAAUCAAUCUUCCAUAACUAUUUCUGAAAGAUUCCCUCAAGACUUGAUGACUUUUACCAACGAAGAUCCUUCAGCAGAAAUCGUAGAUAUAGAACCUGAAAAUCACAGCGAACCAGUCAAGUUAUUUAUGUGCUACACUUGUAAAACAGGAUUUAUACAUUAUUAUGAAUUUAAGAAGCAUAUUCUUACUCACGAUACAUUAAAACCAUUCAGUUGUGAUAUCUGCAAGAAAAAAUUUACUCGAAAAAAUCAUUUGAAAGAUCACUCACGGCUUCAUACUGGAUACAAACCAUUUAAAUGCGAAAGUUGUAACCAAAGUUUUAGAUGGAAAAUACAGUUAACCACCCAUUUGCGAAAUCACGAAGAAGAUAAAGGAAAUUUCAAGAGGCUGCAGCAGGCUUACUUAAGAGACAAGCCAUUUGGAUGUGGCUCCUGUCAUAAAAGAUUUGUAAGGAAGGAAAAUCUGAAAGAACACGUAAGAAUUCAUACAGGUCAGAAACCGUACAAGUGUGAAUUUUGCAAUCAAAGUUUCAUGUGGAAAAAUCGACUGAAGACACAUCAGAGGACCCACAUGGAAGAAAAUCUAUUUAAAUGUAAGAUUUGUCAGAUGGUAUUCAACGAGAUUGAGAGUCUGAAAGAACACGUAAACAUUCAUGUCGAAAAAGAAACGUAUACUUGCAAUAUUUGCAACGAAAUCUUUACGCUAGAAGAGGAUAUGAGGAACCAUCUCGAAACUCAUUCGAAACGCUUCAAAUGUGAUGUCUGCGAUAAAAGAUUUACACACAAAGGUAAUCUUUCUAAGCAUGUGAAAAUGCACACUGAUGAACAGUUGUUUAAAUGUGAGAUCUGUAAUCGGAAAUUUAAUUAUAAGUGCAACUUGAAGAAACACGAGCUAAUCCACAACCGAAGCAGAUCGAGUAAAGACAAUGUCCGCAUAACACGAAAUCUAGCAAGAAAACAGUUAGAUUCUAAUUUAGAUACCAUAUAACUUAAUUAUUUCAAUAAUUAUGAUUAUUUCAGAGCAUUAACCAUUGAUGAUUGUUAUAGAAAAUUGAAAUUAAUGAAGUUAAACACGGUAAAUAAAUUUUCAAAUACUUUAAUAUAAUUGUUUGUGCGGUAUACAUGCGUAAUGUUUUUUACGUAAACUUACACAACUACACUUAUUAUUUCGAGUGUAUUUAAUUUGAAUUUAAACUAAAAAUCUAAUUAUAAUUUUUAUUAUGAUAGAUCAUAAUUUAUUUCCUUUAACGUGUUUAACUUCGUUAACGAAAGCUGUAUUUUCGUUGACAUCUGGACAAUUAGAAAUACUUGUCUUUAACAUUUUUAUAAAAAGAAAUUGUGUAUGAAGAAUUUAAAAUUGUCUGGUUUUUAAAAAGAAACCUUGUGGUAGAUGUAUUUUAGUGAAUAUUAAAAUUGUAAACCCAAAAA